GUCCUUGGGAAGAAGUUCAGCUAUGGGGCUGUUACCGGACGAGGCUCGUGUGCUGCCGCCUCCCGGGCUGGUGAAUAGGAAUUCAUUGUGGAUGGGAUUCAUGGGCUACAUGUCCGCUAUCACUCACAAUGCCAUCCGACACAUGCCGGCCCUGCGAGCGGGUGUCCAUCGGCAGGUGCUUCUGACCAGUAUUGGUGUUUUCCUUGGGUAUCAUGCGACCAAGUACGAGAACUACAGGAACGCAAAGAUAGACCGUGAUCUCCGCGAGUACAUUGGGCAUCACCCAGGAGAAUUCAAAGUGCAGGAAAAGAAAACCAUGGCUGAAGUGCUGGAAGAUUUCACCCCCAUCCGUUAAGGGCCGUCUCCUGUCCCUGGUGCAUUGGGACCUUUGUCACUCAACUGUAUAUUAUCUGGUCACUGUGUUUCCCCAGCGGCUUCCAGGAUUAUGUAACAAUAUAUUGUAU